UACCUGCAAUACAAGGACAGAGAGGAAAAGCACAAUCUAUGGGACAACAAGGACAAGCAGGGACGACGACGACAAACACAAACAUUUCAGAGCACAAACUACAGCCAGAGGGAGAGCAGAAAAAUAACACUAACAAGUUCAACAAUGUCUCUUAUGGUGACACUGUUUGUGGUGGCGUUUUUUACCCAGAGCUGGACUGCGCCACAGUGGAGAAACUGGACUCCUCAGGCUGUUCUAUAUCUCAAAGGAGCGCAGAGACAUCGCUCAGUGUUGGAGCGCGCCAACAGAGACAGAGAUGACACUCUGCAUUUAGUGACUCACAGCCAGAACGGUGACGGACUGGGUUUAUCUUGGGCUUCACUGAUCCUUCUAGAACUUCUGCAGCGACGUGUUGACAAAGGUGGAUACAAAUUAGACGAUUACCCGGAUGAACAAGCGCCAAAUUUGAAGUAUUUGUGAAGUGAGAGCCAGGCUCACUCACAAUUUUUAUUUAUUAUAUUUAUUAUCUUUUUGUACAUGUUGUUAUGUGCCUAUUGCUGUUUGAGUUGUAAUUAAAUAUGCCAGAUC